CCCUCCAACUCUCAUCUCGCGACCUUCUCGUCCCCAUCCUCCCUACUCUCCCCCUCACUCCCUCCCCUCCUCCCUCCCACUCAUCUCGCACUCUCCCUACCCGCCACCUCCCUCUUCUCUUCCCCGCCAUGACGCGCAGGGACAUCCCUCCCAGCCUCGUCCACUCGUCGUCUCAGCGCCGCGCCCUCCCUACUCUCCCUACCCGUCACCUCCCCUCUCCGCGCCCUACCCUCCCCACCCUCGCACCCCUCCCUCUUCUCUUCCCCGCCUCGUCCAGCGCACCUGCAACUCCCUCCUCCCCACCAUUCGCACCCUCGCUCUCGCCUCCGCACCCUCCCCCCUCGUCGGCGCAGACCACACACUAGUGGCCAUCUACGGGCUCUCCGCUCCCCUCCCUCGCACCCUCCCCCUCCCUCG